AUGAGUUGUGUUACUUCUUCGUCUUUCUUGGUUAUUGUGAAUGGCAAACCUUCAGAGCCUUUUGGGGUUUCCCGUGGUCUUCACCAAGGGGAUCCUCUUUUGUCUUACCUGUUCAUUAUUAUGGUUGAGGGUUUGGGUCAUUUUCUUAAGUUUCGUGCUUCUCAAGGCCUUAUUCAUGGUUGGCAAUGGGGCAAUGGUUUGCCACAAAUCUCACAUCUCCAAUUUGUAGAUGAUACUACUCUUAUGGGUUUGGCUCGUAUCAGGGAAGCUGAAUCUUUUCGGUACACCUUGGAUAUUUACAUUGCUGCUUCUGGUCAGAAAGUCAAUGAGCAUAAAUUUUCUAUCUUCUUCUUUAAUACUCCUCAGACCAUUCAAAGGCGGAUUGCUGAUAUUCUGCAGUUUCAGGUUGGUCUCUUCGCUUUAUUUAUUUGGGUAUUCCUCUUACUAUUGGAAGACACCCCAGGUCUUCUUGGCAGAUUAUACUUGACAAGUUGCAUCAGAAGAUGUUUUGUUCAAGUUGCUCCCAUGUAUUUCCUUAAGGAAUUUGAUACCCUCUCUCGACAAUUUCUUUGGAGUGGUACUUUGUCAACUGCUAAAUGGAGCCUUGUUAAGUGGGACACCAUGUGCAGGCCUAAGAAUGAGGGUGGACUUGGUUUAUGUUCUGCUAUUUUAAAUGGGCAAGCUCUUGCUGCUAAGUUAUAUUGUCAUUGGUGCACUAGUAAGAAUCAACUUUGGGUUCGUAUUCUUACCCAUAAGUAUCUUCCAAAUGUUAAUGUGUUUGAUGUUUCUUGCUUUCCUGUGGAGGGUCGUGGUUCUAUGAUUUGCAAUACUUUGAAGUUGGGGGCUCAGUUAGUUAAGAAUGGGCUCUUUUGGAUCUGUCAUACAGGGUCUCAAGAUCCUUUUUGGUUGGAUUCCUGGGAUGGUCAUCCUCCUAUCCUUUCUACCCAUCCUCAUCUUCAGUCCCUUUCUGAUAUGUUUAUUUCUGUUGGUUGGGAUACUAUUGAUCAUUAUAAGAUUGCUCAUAAUGGAGGGCUGGUGGCUUGUUUUCGUUGGAAGAAUCCUUCUGAAUUGCCACUUGGAGGCUUUGUGGAAGAUAGAAAAGAGCUGGCUCAAAUUCUUGAGUCUCGUGAAUGCACCACCUUGGUAAGGAAUGAUGCUUUGGUUUGCGCAAGUAAUAAUUUGUCUGGAAAGUUUUAUGUUUCUACUGGCUGUGUUGAGUUGGUGUGGCAGACUUUUGGGGACAUUCAAGUCCCUUGGUGGAAGCAAGUUUGGUAUAAGUUCUCUUGGCCAAAGUAUAAUUUUUUCAUGUGGCUAGUGGUCCACAACCGAUGCCUCAACUAG